AUGCUCCCUUUGAAUGAUAUUGUUGCUACUGUUCCUAAGGCUCCCAACUUCCAAGGGUCAGGCUGCACUGUCAAAUACAAUCAAGGCCGUUUUGAUCUGAUUCGUUAUGGUAUUGAUGAUGAACUGUCUCGCCUCUGGUUCGGCACAAACUUCGCCAAUCGUUAUAAGCGUCUUGUCCCUGGCUCUCCACUCAACAGCCCAAAGUUUCUGAAGGUCGUUGUUGCUCCUAUCAUUCUUUGGUCUGAUGACACAUCUGGUAACAAGUCGAAGCAAUAUAAUGUUUUUGACAGUUAUUUGAUGUACCUUGGUGCCAUGUCUCUGGAAAAGCGAAGCCGUAGAGAAAAUACCAUGUUCAUUUGUACAUCAGACAAGAACCUGCAAGCGGUUGAUAUGUUGGGCGCAAUUGUGGAUGAUCUGUCCAAACUCGAACAAGGAAUUGAAGUGUAUUCUUAUGAUCACCAAGAAUAUGUCCUUCUCGUCGCUCCUUUGCUUUUGUUUAUGGCGGAUAACCCUCGACACUCACAAUUAGCUAUGCACAAAGGUACCAGCUCCAAGUUUCCCUGUCGCAAAUGUCUCCGACCAAAAGCAACAAACCUGUCAGACAUUCUUCGCUCUGAUCCGGACACCUUAGAGCCUUACAUCUUACACAGGUAUGAUGGAAGAACAUUAGCACAAUUGAAGGAUGUACUUCGGUGUCAAGAAGAAGACAAGCCAAGAUACAAAACCUACACUGAUAUUUUCAGUUUUUCUGUAAAUGGUAGUGAAGAGUUUUUACGUCUCCAGUCGUUCGACCCCACAUUGGAUUGUCCUGUCGAAGUACUUCAUACUGUUCCUCUUGGGUGUAUCAAAUACCUUGUAGAUUAUUUGAUUAAGCAGAUACUAUCCGUUGCAGAGCGAGAGCGUCUUGGUAAUGCUAUUUCGAAUGGAAGAAACAACCAGGCAUACUCCAGAACAUUUAGAAACAAUCUUCGCCAUUGUGGUUCAUUUGUUGGAAGAGAUUACAAGCAUUGA